CGUAGGACAAUAGUAAUGUUAUCAUGAAGGAUGAAGCUAAAGACAAAGAACAUAUCAGUCCUAGUGAUGUUCCGGCCCGGCUUGGCCCAAAAGCCGCAGCUUUGGCCUGGCUUCAGACGGCUCUGGCCUGCAAAAAAUCCAAGCCAGGCCAAAGCCGCAAAUGACGGCUGGCUUUGGCCCGGCUCUGGCCUGAGCUGCGGCUCGAGUAGGGAAUUUGCGAUUCUGCUGAUGAAUCGCGGCAGUCGAGAGCGGCGGUGGAAUGUCGGUGGCUUCUUCGUGACAUGCGCCACCCAAGGCUUUGAUUGCGAGUUGAACAUGUAGAUAUGC